UGAUGAUAAUUUUGAUUAUUAUAAUGCACAAUAUUGCUUUAACUAACUGUAGAAUCUAGCAUCCAAAAAAGUAUAUUGGAUUAGUUCGGAAACCAAUUUCAAUUUUAUAAUUGAUAUAAGAACCUCUAAUCGGAUAAGAAAGGAUAAACGAAUUUUCAAUAGAAAGACUUGAGUUCGAUUCUAAUUUAGUUUUAUAGCAAGAAUUAUUAGAGGAAGAUAUUUCUGAAUUUCCAAAAUAAAAUUACACCAUACCAUAGUUUUAAUAAUUAAAUGAGUAAAAGCAAAGUUCAUAUAAGGAAGAGUUCUAGAAAGUGAAAUAACUGUUGAUAAAACUACACUAUAAAGAAGUUUUAUUAAGCUUGUUUAUAGUAUCGGUUUUUAUCAUUAUUUUGUGCAUUAUAAAAUUUUGUUUUUUAUCUCAACCAUAAGAACAAAUAGAUCAUGAAAAAGUAUUUGUUUAAUGUUUAUUUAAAGUUAGAAACAAAAAUAAUUAGGAGCAGAUUAUUCAAUAUUGAAUUCUAAGACAAUAAGUGAUGACGAAUAAUUGAAUCAAAGUACAUUAAUAAAAUAUAAAAUAACUGAUAUGACACCAUAAAUAAGAAAUCCAUAUGAUGAGAGUUUUGUUAAAGCUUCAAUGAAAGCAACAACAAGAGGAUCGGCAUGUGAUUAAAGCUUAUUAGAAAUAGAUGAAUUGUUAAAAGAUUUGCAGAAUUGA